AUGCUUGUGCAUAUGGAGGUAUCCGAUGGGUCAUCCCCUUCAUCUCCGGUUGAGCUCGUCGCAAAUCUGCAAAAACGUGCAGAUGCACUAUUGCGAGAGUUUCGGCGUUACCAAGAGCAUCUCAAACUGCAUCGAAGACAACAAGAAGUCGAGCUCCGGGCAUUCAAGCGGGGAAUCGAGUCAGAGAUUAGGACUCUAGAGAAGCUAAGGCUUGUAUUUGGGAGUCCCGAUGGCUGCCCUUCCGUCCACGACCAGCAGGAGAAAAGUCCGCAAUUGCACGCAUUGAGGAGUUCUAAUCUUCCAUUCUAUGAAACGGUUUGGGAUGUGGCCAAAUCGAGCGAGUGCAUCACGUCCCUAGGUAAGAAAAUGCACCCCGCACGAAAUGGCUGCGGCGCUCAAGGAAGAUCUGGGAACGGGACUCCAGCAAGCCAAGCUGGCGAGCCUGGAGAUGUUCACAAGCAAGGAGUUGUCGUGGACAUUGCCGCUCACAAUGGUCUAGAAUGGAUCAAAGUCUCCACUUUGACGGAGAAACGGCUUCUAUUCGAGAUGGCGAAGGAAGGCUGGGAGCGUUAUGGCAAUGCUAGCGGUUACAACGGAGAGGAUAGCAAUGAGGAUAGCGAACAGGAAGCCGAGGACAGAGGCAGCAGGCUCGAGCUCGUGCGCCUCGCGGAAGACCUUAGGACGGCUGCUCAGGAAACCAGAGUACAUUUCCGACAUCCGCAGAUUCGAUUCGUCCUUCCGAAGAUUCGCGAAGGCGUGCUUGCGGAGGUGGACGCCUUUCUUGCUGAUUUGCGGGCAACUGGUGCAGUUGUACAAUGCAGCAACGAGACGGACAACGUCCGCGAGCUCGCGCACUUUGACCUCGACAGAAUGAUGCCUACCUCGGCAAAUGAUCCCUUGACACCAACCAUCAAUGUCGACUGUACCAUACUUCUAGCUCUGAUAUCGGACAUCUCUCAUCUUUCUCGGCAUCAACUUUGUGCCGAUGCGAUCGGCAAGUCCCCACACUAUCACAGAGCAAUCAUGAACCAAAUUGAAGCUGAAGAGUCAGCAUCUAUACUGCCGAGCGAGAUAUAUCCUCUCUUUGCUGAUCGAAAUCUGGAAUGUACUUCGCAUGCCGCACAGCGGAUGCGGGAAAUCGUUGAGAUCAUGGCGACAUCGAGUGAACGAAGACGUGCAGAGGUCCUCUUGGGCGAGGGUCAAUACAAAGAUCAACCAGCAUCAGGCUUGAGGCAGGCUUUCGGCGAGCAUUCCUUGCACCAUGUCCCGCAAGAUCUACGGCUCCCUGUCAGAGUUAUCGACAUGGACGUGCACGAAGUCCUAUCGUCUGGCCGUGAUCUGAUGGCAGUGGAUGCUCGGUUCUGCCAUGCGUUCCCUGCCUCUAUUGCUACUCGGGCGAAGGACUCGCUGCAUCUCACUCCCAUAAACGCCUCGGUGUUUCUCUAUGGCUGGGUUCGGCAAAUCACGACGAUUACGAGCAAUCGCGCGGUGGCCAGCGGGCUUCUUAAAGCGAUCAAUGAGAUUCUAGACGUGGACGAGCGUCAGUGCAGUGGCUUCGACGGGGAAUUUGUCGGUCCGCUUAUCCACAUCUGCGACACCGCAAGGAGCUUGAUAGGGAAGGCGAAGUUCAAGUAG